CGACGCCCUAUGCUGUCUAAGGGACGUUUAGCCAUCAUUAGCCCACGACUAGGCUUAUUAAACAAUAUCCCCUUUGUUAUACCAUUCAAGCAACGAGUCGAGAUUUUUAGAAUGUUUGUUGCUAAUGAUAAGAAGCGCAAUCAUAUUGACGAAUUUUUCCAUCACCGCAAUGCCAAAGCAGCUUCCGCUACUGUGCGUAGAGACCACAUAUUCGAAGAUGGUUUCAACGCACUCCACAACUUGAGUCCGGAGAUUUUGAAAGGAAGAAUAGCUAUCUCGUUUGUGGAUGAAUUCGGAUUAGAAGAAGCAGGGAUUGAUGGUGGAGGCGUAUUCAAAGAGUUUUUGACAGGAUUGAGCCGUGAGGCCUUUGAUUUGAAUUACGGGCUGUUUACGGUAACAUCUGAACAGCUUCUCUAUCCUAAUCCUAGCUCAUACGCAACCGAAUUGGAACAAUUAGAAUAUUUUCAAUUCCUUGGCUUGAUUAUUGGUAAAGCAGUGUAUGAGGGGAUCUUGCUAGAUGUAGCGUUUGCUGAAUUUUUUUUGAAAAAGUGUUUAGGAAAGGUCAAUUAUUUGGAUGAUUUAUCCUCGUUAGACCCUGAGCUAUAUAAAGGCCUCCUGGCUGUAAAGAAUUACAAAGGCAAUGUGGAGGAUCUCUCCCUGGACUUUACCAGCACCCACAUGGAAGCUGACGGCAAGUCUGUUUCUGUUGAUCUUAUACCCAAUGGCAGCAAUAUUCCCGUGACGAAUCAAAACCGUAUCCACUAUAUAUACUCUGUAGCCAACUACCGUCUCAAUGUACAGAUUGCUAAACAAUGCCGUGCCUUUUUCCGGGGCUUAUCCACGAUCAUUGACGUGAAGUGGCUCCGUAUGUUUAAUCAGCAAGAGCUUCAAAUUCUACUGGGUGGUACUUCGGGUGUACCGAUUGAUUUGCAAGAUUUGCGAGCUCAUACUGUGUUGGCAGGCUACACAGAACGUGACUCCACAGUGCAAAACUUCUGGCGGGCUCUAGAAUCAUUUGAUAAUGAACUGCGCAUGAAGUUUGUCAAAUUUGUUACUUCUUGUUCUAGACCCCCACUUUUAGGGUUCAAAGAACUAGUGCCACAAUUUUGUUUACGUAAUGCGGGACCUGAUCAAGAAAGACUGCCAACAAGUUCGACAUGUGUCAAUUUGUUGAAAUUGCCACAAUAUUCAAGUUACGAGACCCUGAGAGAGAAACUGUUGUAUGCAAUUACUGCAGAUGCUGGUUUUGAUUUAUCGUAA